CGUCAACACCAAUAACGACAACAAUACCUAUGGGAAGACGAAAACUGCUCUAAGUUUCAGCGUUGAGCGUAUUUCGUCACGGUUUUCGGUGUGUGUGGUUUUCGGUGUGUGUUGCUCUGUUUCUUUUGAUCGCAUCCUUUCUUCACCAUGAUGAACCGUUGUGUGCCCACCUCCAACGCCACCAGCCGGAUGGUGCUUUACCUUCGGGCGAGGACGUUGCAAACGAAAACAGAUCGAGGACCCUUUCACACCUCUUUGGUGGCAAAGCAACUGAAACCACUGCGACCGCCUACACGGAACUCGUCGUCCUCGUCCUCGUCUGCGAGGAACCGUGGUACCAAGAGCAACCAGAAGCACAGCAACGACGGUGGCUUCUUCCAUUGGUAUUCGAAGCGGCUCGACGAGCGCCCCUGGAGCACCAAGAUCGUUUCGAGUGCCCUGAUCGCUGCCGCCGGGGACGUUGUUUGCCAGGUUCUCGAAUACAGAUUCGACGCGUCGAAGGCCAGCGACGAAAACAGGCGAGAGCCAACCGCGGGCGCAGCGGCACAACCCACGGUUGCCGACGCCUUUCGUGCCAUGGACUGGCACCGAACGGGGCGCUUCCUGCUGAUCGGGGCCUUUUGGGUGGCACCGGCCACCCAUCUGUGGUACGGAUUCCUCGGCACCCGGUUGGUCCCGGGUGUGGCCACCCCCAAGCGGAUUCUGCAGCGCCUGGCGCUCGACCAGUUCGGAGCGGCACCGGUCUUUUGCCCGGCCUUUAUGGGCUUGCUGUGGCUCCUCGAGGGAAAGGCUCCCUCGGACGUCGCCGCGGGGCUGGUCGAGGCGGGACCCACCCUCGUCACCUCCAACUGGAAGCUGUGGAUUCCGGCAAUGGGAAUCAUGUUCGCAACGGUCCCGCUCAAGUUCCAGGUCGUCUACUCGAACUUCGUGGGGCUGGUCUGGACCGUCUACCUGAGCUACGCGUCCACAAGGCUGGCGGUGGCACCGGAGCCACCGACCGGGGACCGGGUGUGAAACGCAACGAAACAACACGAAUCCUUUGUGAAGUAUUGCUAAAACUUAAGAAGUGUUACGAAACCAAAUCAAAUUCUACCAAAUAGACAGAAUUUCAGAAAAUUGAUUCAGGAUCGAUUUCAUGGUUUGCUGCAUUUCAAUCGGGAUUCAAUAUCAGCCUCCAGAACUCAUGUUGUUGUACAUCAGUUUUAGAAUGGAAAUGAUUUCAUGGUGUGCUGCAUUUCAUUCGGGAUUCAAUAUCAGCCUCCGGAAAUCAUUUUAUUGCACAUCAGUUUUAGAAUGGAAACGGGAAAAAAAAUCAAUUACAUAUAAUCUAGUCUGUCCUGCUGGGGAUGGCUUGUCAAAGCUGGACGUAAUCGAGGAGCGCUUCGUGGAAGCGCUCGUCGUUCAGAAUCUCUCUGUGCUUUGCGUUGUCGAGUUCCUGAACGGUGACCGUGCAAUCCUUGCCGUGCCAGGUCUUUACGUGCGCAAGGCUCCAGUACGGAACCGUUCCGUCGCCGCUCCUCCUCACACCACCAUGGACGGUUUGCUCGGUGUUGGGGGUUUCCAUGAUCAGUCCCUCCGAGACGCAGUAGCCCUUGUUGCUCUUUCCGAUCAAGGCAGUCUUGUCCGGAACGUAAAAGCUCUGCAUCACGUGCUCCGAUAGGCACGUGUCCUGGCGCGAGUACACGCAACCCACUUCCGUAGGGACGUUGACUCCGUAGAUUGCAUGGAUGCGAUUGAUUGGAGGAGGAUCGUGCGAAGACAAGUUGCGCGGACGGUAUUUGUCCUUGUCGUACGCUUCCUUGAUAAAUCGUAGCGUGUCAUCCAGCCCCUCGCGCUCCGCGAUGUCGUACCCCGAAAAUUCCUCGUAUUUCGUGCUGCUGCUCGAUGUAAUGGGCAGAAGAACGGCAGAAUCCAUCGGCCUGCAAACCGGGGAACACAGUCUCCGGAAAGACUUCGUUCCAUCGAACUUGGUCCACCGAAGCGUCACAUAGAGGUAAACCGUUCGAGACUGCUUUGUCGCCUGGCAGCAGCCUUCGAAAUGACCAUAGUCAUCCUUGUGGUACAUCGGAACCUUGAUGGUGACCGUCCUUCCUUGCCACACCGAUUUCGGUAUCUUUAUGCGCUCAGAAAAUGCUAGCGUGGCACUGCUGCCCGCCGAGCCCGCGAUCUUGUCCGCCGUAAAUGUUGAAAAACGAAUGAGACCGCAGAGCAACAUUUCUAUCACCCGAUAUAAAAGCAUGCACGGAAUACAACAGCAACAGAGGCACCACACCAAAGGAUUGCACGUCCAUCCCUCUUUCUCUUUUUUAGCGGAGGCUAUCCCCGGCUCGUGCAGCAAAAACUGAAGGGCCUCGUUGAAAUACGGUUGCGUUUCGGUAGCAAAUGACACGCUAUUGGGGAACACAACGACGUUCGGUCCCAAGUCGGGGGAGACUCUGUGAAACGGCGUGCGGACCGUUCGCCGAGAAUCGUCGUCUUUUUUGCAAUCAAAACCCUUAGCACAA